CACAAACACUCAUCGUUGCAGCGUGCAUGUUUGUUUGUGUCUCCAGGUCAGCUCACUAGGCGGCACACAUCACUAUGGCCCAGGAGACCAAUCAGAGCCCAGUUCCUAUGCUCUGUGCCACUGGCUGUGGUUUCUAUGGCAACCCUAGGACAAAUGGCAUGUGCUCUGUGUGCCACAAGGAACACCUGUCAAGACAGAACAAUGGAGGAGUCAGUUCUUUGAGUUCUGUGGGCAGCAGCAGUGGCCCCUCAGCUGAGGCGUCUGCCAUCCAGAGGUUAGAGGCCACCUUGAACAAUGCUGCAGCCGCCGCGGUCGCUGCCGCAGAGGAGGCAGCCGAGGCCGCUGCCUCCGCUGAGGCCGUCGCCGCCGAGGCUCUCAGUGGGGUGUCGUCGGCCAUUUCUAUGACACAGCAGAUGACGGAGAUGAGUCUCUCCUGUGAGGAGAAAGGAGCAUCGGGGAGUAAAACAGAGCUCAUAGAGCCAGUGGUGAGUCAGCCCACAGUCUCAUCCUCCCACCCGUCCACUGCUGGCAGUGACGAGUCCAAAUCCCCCGAGCCCCCGAAACCCAAGAAGAAUCGCUGCUUUAUGUGCCGUAAAAAGGUCGGCCUCACAGGUUUCGACUGCCGCUGUGGGAAUCUGUUUUGUGGACUUCACCGAUACUCCGACAAGCACAACUGUCCGUACGACUACAAAGCCGAAGCUGCCGCCAAGAUUCGCAAAGAGAACCCCGUGGUCGUCGCUGACAAGAUCCAGAGAAUAUGAGGAAGACUCUGUUUGACUUCUUUUGAAAACUGGGAGCGAUCGGAUAAAAGAAAAGAGAGAAAAAAAAAAAAGACUUGAGCCCAACCUUCUCACUGAAGGAUCCGUUCUUUUCUGGUUUGUUACACAUUCAGGACAUUUCCUCCCCGUGCAUGGAAGUUCACGUAUAUUUUCAGCUUUGUUCUCUGUCGGGGUGUGUGAGUCGAACAGUUUUGAAGGAUUGUAUUGAACAAGCAAAUAUUGUGUGUGAGAAUUAGGUGUGGGUGGGAGUUCGAUUUAUGAGAAGUGACUGAGCGAGACUGCUGAAGAAAAAGUUGUUGCCCUUUAGAAAAAUCGCUGUUGCCAUCUGUCCGGUCUGUGUCGUGAUCCUGCUGAGAUCACUGGAACUCUGCGUCCGGACACAUUCAGGCUUUCGUUUGGACUCUUGACUGUUACUGCUGUCGGCUGAUUGGACCAGCGCUUGCUCUCUGCUGGCUUGAGUAGCAAAAUGGAUAUUUGCCUCUUUCUUUCUGGUUGUUUUUUUUUGGAGCCUCCACUUGAGAUCAGAGUUAAACGCUCCUGACUUGGUCAGACUCUCCUGGUAAGUUAUUAUCAAAGUGAAAACGCUUCUCUGUGCUGCCGGAAUCCCGUCCUGUCCGACUCGCCUGUGACUUAAAAAAAAAAAAGAGACUUUGUGGCUAGCAUUUUCUCGCUGGCUCAUCUUCUUCCCUUCUGCAGGAUCUUGACGUAGUUUUGCAGUGAAUUUCUUUUUCUCCUGCCGUUAAUGGACUGAAAGCUGUGAUUUGCUCGGGGAGGGCGGACACACAGAUUUCUGCUUUUUGAAACCAUCCACUGAAGUCACAUGUCAAACGUUUUUUUUUUCUUUCUUUUGUUCUGUUGUUUUCCAGAAAAGUGAUUUGUACGCUGUGUGUUGUUGUGUGACAAGUAGCCUACACUUGUAUUAAUAUUUGCCUUUGGAAAUGUUUAGCUCCACUAAUAUUUUUUUUUUUUUUACUUCACUAUUGAAUGUUUUUUUCUGUUUUUAAUGUGAGCUGACAAAUUCACCACAUGGGGAGUGUUGGACUGCUGCGUGCCGUGUGACAAACACAAGACGUGUGUGUUUGUGGGAGUAGAUGUCGUCGGCUGGUGUGUGAGUUUCGUAUGAGGCGGAGUGGUUGUGUGUCGCGGUGACUUGUGAGAUUUGUGGACGUAGGUUAUUAAUAAUUUUCCGUUUUUGAUUUUUGGUCUGGCUGCUUCGUGUGUGUGUGUUUUUUUUUUUAUCCUUUAGUUAUGCAAGUUUGUACAAACAUCUUUAUUUAUAUACUGCAGUGUGCAUAAUCUUCCAUUAGUUCAGAAUAAAUUGUAUGAUGUAAAUAAAUUAUGUUCAAAAUUA